ACUCUUUUGUACAUUUUUUCCGACACACAUUGAUACUUUCUGAUAGGUCGACACAGGACUUUAAGCGUCAGAAGAGAAAGACACUGAAUCGACCCAAAUUACGCGUAAACAAACCAAUGCAUGUGACGGAAGAGUGAACUAGAGGUGAAUUAAGGCGAGUCGAUGUAGUUCUUCGAGUCGUGUCGCUUAUUGUGCAUUGCCACUGACUUUGUUUUAAAUCGCAUUGACAUGAACAUGAAUAUCAUGCCGCGACUUGUCAUAGUUGACACCUAAUCUGUUGUUGACUCCGUCACUGUUUUCCACUUCGUGGUUUCUUGUCGCUCAUUGUCCUGGACAUUUAACCAAUAUGUCAGACGUAAAGAGCCUUGAACAUCCCACACUGAAGGUUCCAUAUGAACUUUUGAAUAAGAAGUUCCGCUCUGCCCAGAAAACUCUCGACAGAGAAGUGUCACAUGUCCAGGCGGUAUCUAAUGAACUUGAGAAAAGCCUGAAGACUGACGGAUCUUAUGUAGCAACUGGAGAAAUCAGCAAGUUGCUUGGUGGAGUGGUUGCUAGGCUUCAAGUCUUAAAGCGUAAAGCUCAAGAAUCCAUAGCAGAGGAGUUGCAAGCGGGUAUGGUAUGCAAGAGAAGGUUGGAUCACUUGAAGGAUCAUGCUAAUACUUCUCCAAGUGCUGUGAAUCAGUGGAGACGACAGAGAUUAGAUAGAAUGCUAGUAGAAUAUUUUCUUCGCAAGGGAUACUAUAAAACAGCGACUAAACUGGCAGAUAGCAGUGAGCUUAGAGAUUUAACAAAUAUUGACGUAUUUAUGGUAUCAAGAGAAGUGGAAAAAUCUUUGGCCAAUCACGAAACAGCAAGAUGUAUUGGUUGGUGUCACGAUAAUCGCUCAAAGUUAAGAAAAUUAGGCAGCACCAUGGAAUUUAAUUUACGCGUACAGGAAUUUAUUGAGUUAGUGCGAACCGACAGACGUCUCGACGCAGUGAAGCAUGCACGCAAGUACUUUGCCAACUACGACGAUUAUCAGUUGCAGGAGAUUCAGUGUUGCAUGGGCCAAUUGGCUUUCCCAGCCCAAGCAUAUUUGAGUCCCUAUAAAGAUCUACUAGAUGAGAAGAGAUGGGAUAAGCUGAUCGAAACAUUCCGGCAGGAAAAUUAUAGAUUAUUUCAGUUGGCGAGCCAGAGCGUAUUCACAGUAGCUCUGCAAGCUGGCCUGUCGGCUCUUAAAACUCCCCAGUGUUACAGUGCAAAUAAGGAAGGUCGAAAUCCUAGCUGCCCAGUUUGUAAUGAAGCGUUAAAUGAAUUAGCCGCACCGUUGCCUUUCGCUCAUUGCUCGCAAUCGCGACUCGUUUGCAGCAUAAGCGGGAAACCACUAAAUGAAUACAAUCAGCCUAUGAUGAUGCCGAAUGGAUAUGUAUAUGGUGAACAAGCAUUGGAAAAAAUGGCUCAAGAAAACAAUGGUACAGUUAUCUGCCCUAAGACCAAAGAAGUAUUUCCAUAUAAAAAGAUUGAAAAGGUUUACGUAAUGUAAACUUCCAAACUGACAGGAAACUGAAGUAUACAUACAUACUUGUACUAUAUGUUUAACUCUUAUAGACCUUUUCUUGCUUCAAUCAUUUUGUUAUUUAAUAAUAAUUGUAUAUUACUGAUAAUACUGGAACAAAAUAACAUUUAUUUUUAAGAAAAACUUCAUCUACUUAUUUGUAUUCAUUUUGUCUCUCUCUCUCUCUCUCUCUGUGCGUGUGUAAAAAAUAUAAAAUAAUAUUAUAUUAUUUGUUGUUAUAGGAUAAUAUUAGUUAAUAGUUAAUUAGAUAAUAAUAGAUAAUAUUAUUUGUUAAUGAGGAUAGUCCUUAUUCAUUUAUUUAACGUUUUUUCUACAAUAAAUCGAACAGUUUAAACUGUUUCUAUAAAUCUACUUAUUCAUAAAACGCAACUAUAAAUUUCUUAUCUUACGAGGUCUUUUCAUGUGCAGGGUUUAUCAGGAUUUAAAAGUUUUAUUAAUUGCGGAUUAAAAAAUUAGUUUUCCAAAUAUUCAAUUAAAAUGAUAUAAAAAUGAUACAUACACGUAAUUAGUUCAUAAUCUGUUCUUAUUUUAAAACUGUUUCAAGUAAUGUACUUUAAGAUGCUAAAUUCUGGUAAUUAGUUUGACAUCUUAAGAUUUAACACAAUUUUAAAUAUAAAAAUACAAAUAUUGGUCACAUAAUAAAAAUUAAAAAUUUCUAAUAUUAAAAAUUAGUGAACUAUAGAAAUAAUGUGAAUUGAUUCUUAAAAUCAAACUUUUAUUUUACAAAAAGUAAAAUAAAUUUUGAAAAAGAAUAGAAUUAAAUUUUUUUUACAAUAGUACUUAAAAAAUAAUUUUAAAUAGUUCAAUGUAUGCUUGUAAUUGAGAGAUUAGCAAGUUUUUGAUCACCCUGCAUAUCUAUAUAUAUAUUUAAUAUGUAUGUAUGAACUAACUCCACAUAGAAAUGAUAAAAUUCCUGAUAAAAGGUGUAGUCAACUUAAUGUUAUAAAUGUUUCGACACAUUUGAAUAAUCAGUGUAAAGAAUUUUACUAAUUAAUCAAUUAAAGAAUGUUUCAAAGUAUCUGUGGCGCCUUUGUCAAAAUAGUUAAUUGGCUGAUAUUCACAGUUGUUCUUUAUAUUUAAGAUUGUUUUAAGAUUGUGUCAGUCAGAAUAACAUUAGUAUCUUAAGAUAUUACUUUAAGAUAAACUUGAAACAAGAAUCGAUUAUGAAUAUCAGCCAAGUGAGGAAAGCCUAUUCUUUCUAUAUACUGUGGCUGUGUUCCAAAAUUCACUGCUAGUACUGAAAAUCUAUAACUGUAGAUACGUAUCAGAAAUAAAUUUUGAAGCGCAGCCUGUAAGUGGCUGCCAUUUUCCAUCCUUAUCCACAAGUCCCAUUAACUGCAGAAAAAAACUGUUUUGCAUCAUAAAAUUCUUUUAUAUAGUUGGUUUAUACAUUAAGAUCCGAUAGUAAACAAAAGCCAAUCGUAUUAAAGAAUAUAAUAUCAGUUAAAAGUUGAACGUAUCCGUUGUCUCUUCUUAUAAUUGUUAUUGAUUACUCACAAAUUCGCAAAUGAGAUCGAUAGCGAUAAAGAAAUCCAAACAAGUGGCGGAGAAAUCUAUUCGGACUACUGAUAGAUUCGCAAUAAUCCAACGUAGAGCAGUAUUCACUUCAUUUUUGGAUUAUUAUAAUUGUACUUCUAAUUAAAUUACCUUCUAUAAUAGAAUUAAAUUAUCUCCUAUAAUAGAAAUUGAUCUAUAAUAUUAUAGGCAAGUAUUUAGUUUUUGUUCUAAGCUCUAAACUGCGACGCUUAUUUCUGAUAAAAAGCGUUUCCGACGUGGUCCUAUCACGAUUGCAAAGUUUAGGGCUUAAAGCAAAAUAAUAUUACAGCUUAGAACUUAGA